UUCUGGUCCUUGCGGAAGUAAUGACGUGGUCACUCCAGUUUGCACGUCGAGUGGCUAGUGUAGCUAGCUAGGUAGAGCCGGGUAGUGACACAGCGGCCGUCUCAGAAUGUCAGAAGGGGACAGUGUUGGGGAGUCAAUCCACGGAAAACCAUCUGUAAUUGCUGCCUUUUUCACAAGGAUUGGACAGGUAUAUCAGACAUGGCUUGACAAGUCGACACCAUUCUAUGCGGUGCGAUGGGCAUCCACUCUACUACUUACAGCUGUCUACAUGAUCAGAGUGUACAUACUACAGGGAUGGUAUAUAGUAACAUACGCUUUGGGAAUCUACCAUCUCAAUCUCUUCAUUGCAUUUCUAUCUCCAAAAGUGGAUCCCUCUCUGCUUGACGAAGGCAAGUUGACCCAUAAUGAGGGCCCAUCCCUUCCUACCAAGCAGAACGAGGAGUUCCGCCCAUUCAUCAGGAGGUUGCCUGAAUUCAAAUUCUGGCACUCGGCGACAAAAGGCAUCGUCAUCGCCAUGAUUUGCACAUUUUUUGAUGCCUUCAAUGUGCCAGUGUUUUGGCCUAUACUUGUAAUGUACUUCAUCAUGCUCUUUUGCAUCACCAUGAAGAGGCAGAUUAAGCAUAUGAUCAAGUACAGAUACCUACCCUUCACACAUGGGAAGAGGACAUAUAAAGGCAAGGAAGACACAGGGAAAACUUUUGCUAGUUAAAAACUCCAACUUACCCUUCAUCUCUGUCUCUAUUGAAAUGUAUUGGUCACAGUUAAUGGGGAUUGGUGAGGAUUUGGUUUAUCUUUCUUUUUUAUGAGCGGGACAGUUCAUUUAAAACAAAAUAAAAAAUCCAGGUUUUGGUCUCUGCUUCACAGUGUUGGAUGCAGAAACGAGCAGCGUGGAUCAAAAUAGUGUGGAAAAACUGCCUUGCCAAUGAUUUUUUUUUUUCAUUUGUUUUGGGUUUAUCUUUUUUAUUUUAUUUUGGUGAAGACUGGUCAGCAUUAAUGAAGUAGCACAUGACACUCAGUGCUGCCUUCUGCCUUUUUAAGCCCGUUAGUGGAGUGAAUAGUCAUCAAGAAGGAGCCGAAGUGAAAAGAAUUGCAGUAAAUUUUCUUAUUUCAUGUUCUCUCAUUGAUUGUAAUCCCAGGGCUCUCGCCAUCUGCCAAGUUUUGAUUGAUAUUUUGUUCUUACUUAUUUGUGAGAGUUUAUUAAAAUUCUGUUAAGUUUAAAAUGUGAUUAGAUGUAAGGUAAAACCUAAUGAAAGUCCUCACAUUGAACCAUUUAAUUUUUUGUGAUUAAAGAUGUGCAGCUCUGACUAACAGGUGUCAUCAGGCAGUUGCUAAAUAAAUAAAGACAUUGAAGAGAAAUUGACAUUUCAUCUAAAUAUGUGUUCCUGAUGGUUAGAAAAACACCAGAAUUAGGCACAAUUUAUUUUUGCUUUGUAUUUAAUUGGCUGCAAAUGAUUACUUUCAUUGUCUGCUUAACUUAAAAUGGAUUAUUUCUUAUGACCACCCAUCAUUGAACACAUAAUUUAAAAGUUAUUUAAUGCUGUCAUCUAUCAAACAGCGGUACAUUUUGCAGCAUCAUAGUUUUGAAUUCAUUCUGCUCCAAAAUUUAAAUUUAUUUUAUCUGGAUUUUUUUUUUCUCUCUAAAGAUAUUUUGUCUCCAAGGUAUGCACAGUAUUUAAGAUUAAUUCGGGCCACGGUCAGUCUGACAUAACAAUCAGGCAAACGCGGCGACACCCCGGACAUUUUAUCUCCAGAACCUUUCCCAUCUGCGUCUCAGAGACAGAGGUUACUUUGGUUUGUUUAGAGAAGAUGUUGUUGUCCUUUUAAAAUCUGUGUUUAUGUUGAAAUUUCUAAAAGGCAAAUAUAAUCAUUCCAAACAAACUGUUGUUUCUCUUUCUUUUGCAGAGGAAACAUAGGAAAUCUGAGCUUGAGAGCUUUUAUUAUAACAAAUGGAUGAAGUGGGUGGUGAUCACACAUUCUUUUCUAUGAACCUUUUGAUUUUCUUCUCCUAUCACAAUGCUGGGAAUCUGUCAUUAUUCACCUUUGAUCGACACUGUAGUAAGGGAUCAAAACAUUUUCCUGUAAAAAGUUUGUGUUUAAAAGGGUUGUCUGGAUUUAUGUAUAUUCAGUAUAUAUAUAUAUUUUAAAGUAUAAUUUUUUUAGAUAAUUUUUAUUAGUUUUUUUUUUUCCAUCCAACCACCAUACUGUUUUCAAGUGUUAAAAUCCACCAUUUAAAAAUUGAUGAAAACUGAACUGCUAAAUUGGAUUCUAGAACUUUUUUUUUUUCAUGGAUUGCAUGUUUUUUUCUUGUGCUACCGUUGAAAACAAGAACUUGAUUUUAACAACUUAAGUGUAAUUUUUUUUUUCACUCCAAAUGCUAUUAAAGAGGCUGUGUCCCUUCAAACGGUACAUGUCUUGGUCUCAUAUUUUGUUAGUAUUCGUAGAGAAGAACUAUAGAACACCCUAAAAACGACAAAUAAAAUGUUUUUUGAAUCA